CCAUAUUCAGAUCCCAUGAGUACCAUGUACCCAUUUUAACAAGAGUCCAAUAAUCCAUAGAGUAAACUCUUUCUAUGUAUUUAACCAUUCUUUAAACAAUACAAAGACAGUUUAAUCAGACUGGUAAAUCCGUUAGUCGGAGUCUUCUCUCUCUUAUUGAGACGGUGGUAAGGCGUCGAAUUUCGCCGGAAAAAUGAGACGGAGACCCGGAAUUGGCGGUUUACAGACAGCCGCCGCUGCUAGGAAUCAAUAUCGAUUACUCGGGGAAAAUGUGGCGAAGUUGAGAACUGAUCUUAUGAAGGAACAGUUGGACACUUUUCGGUCUCAGCUUGAAGAAUUCGCCCGAAAACAUAAGAAUGAUAUUCGGAAGAACCCUACAUUUAGAGCUCAAUUCCAUGAGAUGUGCUCAAAAGUAGGGGUGGACCCUCUUGCCUCAAAUAAGGGUUUCUGGGCAGAACUUCUAGGAAUUGGUGAUUUUUACUAUGAACUUGGGGUGCAAAUUGUUGAAAUAUGUUUGGCCACAAGACUGCUCAACGGAGGCUUAAUAAACUUGCAGGAGUUAUUAAGCCUGCUACGUGAGAAACGGAAAAAUGCUCGUGAACCUGUAUCAGAGGAUGACUGUUUACGUGCUAUAAGUAAGCUGAAGGCUUUAGGUAGUGGGUUUGAGGUGAUAUCUGUUGGCAAGAAGAAGCUUAUACGGUCCGUUCCAACUGAGUUGAACAAGGAUCACAAUGAAAUCUUGGAGCUUGCCCAGGCUCAAGGCUUUGUGACAGUUGAAGAGGUAGAAAGACGACUCUCUUGGUCAGCAGGGCGUGCAAUUGAUGCUUUUGAUACUUUGUUAGAGGAAGGUCUUGCAAUGAUCGACGAUGGUCACAAAGAUGGCAAGCGACGAUACUGGUUUCCUUGCGUGUCUUCCAUCUCAACUGUUGUGGGGGCUGAUUCUAUUGCUAUCUGAUUCUAAGAUCUUAUGUUCUCUUUUGUGGUUUUCACUCUGAAAGAUGGUAAAAUUGAACUACAGCAACCAAAAGAUACGGGAGACCAGAUUCAUGGAGUUCUUCUAUUGUUGUAAAUUUUGUAAGCCGGACUAAAAUGUACGCAUAUUUCUCAAGCUCAUUUCUUUUGCUUCUUUUUAAAAUUGCAUUGGAUAUAAGAAAUUUUUUUCAAUUUCUGCCAGUCUAUCUCACAUCUCCAUCAAACUAGGUCUAAAUUGAAUUAGCUCUACAGACUAAAGCCAAUUUAGUUUCAUGAUCCAAAUUCCAAAUGCAAUUGAGCUUUAUUAACUUUUGUGAUCAUA